AUGACCAGCACCGGGCCGGGCGAAUCCAUGGCUUCCGAGUGCGGAUCCGGCACCCACCGCCUCGGAUCUGAGGCGGCCGGGCGGCGCGCCGUCAAGCAGGCUCCCGCUAGCUGCGCGACGAGAUCCGUCGCUUCGGGCUCCGGGAAGGGCUCGGCGAAAUCCGGCGGGUGGGGCUGCUGGCGGCGUGGAUCCGGGCGCUCUAGGGCUGGAUCCGGUGGUGCUGCCCCCUAUCCUGGCGUUUGGCACGGUGGUGGCGAUCCUGGCCUUCGACCGACACGGCGAGCGCGGUCGCUGCCCGUGGUUGCUGGUGCUGGCUGGCACGGACGUGGCACGGGGGCCCGAGGCCGUGGCUCUGGCCCUCGGCCGGGUCGUGCUGGUGCCGGCACGUCCGCUCGUGACCUGGGCCUCAGCCUCUACUUCACGCUGCACGUGAGGCGGUGGCUGGCUUCCUCUUCAGCGGCGCUGAUUUGGUGCAGCCGCGGAGCUAGCCUGUUGGCCGUUCACCUGGCGUCAGUCAGUGUGGUGGCCGCAUCCCUGAGGCGGCUCCUACCCGCCGGGCGCUGGCUGCAGGCGACCGCUUGGAGGCACCACCGUGGAGGGCUAACUGAGGCUCUGAAGCUGUUUCUUUGUUCGAGGAAAACACCGUAG